AUGUCAAAACAGUUUAGAGGAUCUACAUCUGCAAGAUUUGUCAAGAAUAAUAAGAAUGAAAGAACUACUAAAUUUAAAAAUUUCAAAAAAGAUGUCAAACCUGUAGAUCCUUAUAUUGCAAAUAAUCCAAUGUUAAAUGAUUCAAUAACUAAAAAAGAGUUAGUUUCAAAAAUUGACCAUAUUGAUAAAUUAAUGGGGUUUGAUAGAAUAGAACAUGGUGAAAAUGAUGGUAUGAAACCAAGAAAAGGUUGGUUAAUAAAUUUUCAUUCAACAAUAAUACCUACUGAAGAGUAUUUAACUGGUUAUUCAGGUGUUGAUUAUUAUUUUUUAGAUGAAGAAGGUGGUACUUUUAAAGCUACUUUACAAUAUGAUCCAUAUUUUUUCAUAGAUAUUAUAUCAAAUGAAUAUCAAUCAGAAGUUGAAGAAUGGCUCAAAAAAUUUUUAGAACUGUGUAAUGUUAAACAAUUUUCAAGAGUUGUCAAAGAGGAUUUAAAAUUACCAAAUCAUUUACUAGGAUUACAAAAAACUUUAAUCAAAUUAUCAUUUCAUAAUAUUCAAGAUCUACUACAAGCAAGAAGAUUAUUAAAUCCAAUAAUAAAAGAUAAUCAACUAAAGAAAGAAACACGAAAUAUUUAUGAAAUUGAAAAUGAAGAUCCAUCAACAUUUAUAGAUGAUAUAAGAGAAUUUGAUGUUCCUUAUCAUGUAAGAGUAUCAAUCGAUAAUAAAGUAAGAGUUGGUAAAUGGUAUGAUGUUUAUGCAAAACAUGCAGAAAUUGAAUUAAUUGAAGAUAAAGAGAAAAUAGCCUUUGCUGAUCCAGUAGUAUUAGCAUUUGAUAUUGAAACAACAAAAGCUCCUUUAAAAUUCCCAGAUUCAAAAAUUGAUCAAAUUAUGAUGAUUUCUUAUAUGAUUGAUGGUGAAGGUUUUCUUAUAACUAAUAGAGAAAUUAUAUCUGAAGAUAUUGAAGAUUUUGAAUAUACUCCAAAACCAGAAUAUCCUGGUUUAUUUACAAUUUUUAAUGAACCUGAUGAAAAACAUGUGUUAAUAAGAUUUUUUGAACAUAUACGAGAAGUAAGACCAACAGUUAUUGCGACUUUUAAUGGUGAUUUUUUUGAUUGGCCAUUUGUUGAAAAUAGAACAAGAUUUCAUGAUAUGGAUUUAUUUGAUGAAAUCGGUUUUGCAAAAGAUAAUGAAGAUGAAUAUAAAUCAAAAUAUUGUGUUCAUAUGGAUUGCUUUAGAUGGGUUAAAAGAGAUUCUUAUUUACCUCAAGGAUCACAAGGUUUAAAAGCUGUUACAACAGUUAAAUUAGGUUAUAACCCAACUGAAUUAGAUCCAGAACUAAUGACUCCUUAUGCUUAUGAAAAACCACAAUUAUUAUCUGAGUAUUCAGUUUCUGAUGCUGUUGCAACCUAUUAUUUAUAUUAUAAAUAUGUUCAUCCUUUUAUUUUUUCAUUAUGUACAAUUAUUCCAUUAAAUCCUGAUGAAGUUUUACGUAAAGGUACCGGUACCUUAUGUGAAAUGUUAUUAUCUGUUCAAGCUUAUGAAUCAAACAUUUUAUUACCAAAUAAACAUUCAGAUCCAAUCGAAAGAUUUUAUGAUGGUCAUUUAUUAGAAUCAGAAACUUAUGUUGGUGGUCAUGUUGAGUCUUUAGAAGCUGGUGUUUUUAGAAGCGAUAUACCGACAAAUUUUAAAAUUGAUCCAACUGCAAUUGAUGAAUUGAUUGGGAAUUUACAUAAUUCAAUAAAAUUUUGUAUUGAAGUUGAAAAUGGAAAGAAAAUGGAAGAUGUCGAAAAUUUUAAUGAAAUUUAUAAUGAAAUUGAAUCUAAAUUAUUGGAUUUGAAGAAUAAACCAAAUAGAACAGAAACUCCAUUAAUUUACCAUGUUGAUGUUGCUUCAAUGUAUCCAAAUAUUAUGACCUCAAAUAGAUUACAACCAGAUUCAAUGAAACUGGAAGAAGAUUGUGCUGCUUGUGAUUUUAAUCGACCUGGAAAGAAUUGUGAUCGUAGAUUACCAUGGUCAUGGAGAGGUGAAUAUUAUCCAGCGGAAAUGAAUGAAUAUAAUAUGAUUAAAAGAACUUUACAAAAUGAAAUGUUCCCCGGUUUGAAACCUUGGUUACCACAAAGAACAUUUGAUGAGUUAUCGUAUACUGAACAAGCAUCAAAGAUUAAAAAGAGAUUAAGUGAUUAUUCAAGAAAAGUUUAUCAUAGAGUUAAACAAAGUAAAGUUGUAACUAGAGAAGCUAUUAUUUGUCAACGUGAAAAUCCAUUUUAUGUAAAUACUGUUCGUAGUUUCCGUGAUAGAAGAUAUGAAUUUAAAGGAUUGGCAAAAGUUUGGAAAAGUAAAAUUAGCAAAAUUGAUGAUUCAAUAGGAAAAGAUGAAGCUAAAAAAAUGGUUGUUUUAUAUGAUUCAUUACAAUUAGCUCAUAAAGUUAUUUUAAAUUCAUUUUAUGGUUAUGUUAUGAGAAAAGGAUCAAGAUGGUAUUCAAUGGAAAUGGCUGGUGUUACUUGUUUAACUGGUGCGACUAUAAUUCAAAUGGCAAGGGCGUUAGUUGAAAGAUUAGGGAGACCAUUAGAAUUAGAUACUGAUGGUAUUUGGUGUAUUCUACCAAAACCUUUUCCUGAAAAUUUUAAUUUAAAAUGUAAAGAUGGUAAAAAGAUAUUUUUAGAAUAUCCAUGUUCAAUGUUGAAUUACUUAGUUCAUGAAAGAUUUACAAAUCAUCAAUAUCAAGAUUUAAUUGAUCCGGAUACUUUUAAAUAUAAAACAAGAUCAGAUAAUUCAAUUUUUUUUGAAGUUGAUGGUCCAUAUAAAGCUAUGAUUUUACCAACAUCAAAAGAAGAAGGUAAAGGUUUGAAAAAAAGAUAUGCUGUUUUCAACGAUGAUGGUUCAUUAGCAGAAUUAAAAGGGUUUGAAUUGAAAAGAAGAGGUGAAUUACAAUUGAUUAAAAAUUUUCAAUCUGAUAUUUUUAAAUUAUUUCUUGAAGGUGAUUCAUUAGAAUCUUGUUAUCAAUCAGUUGCAACAGUUGCUAAUAACUGGUUAGAUGUAUUGAAUACCAAAGGUGGUAUGUUGGAAGAUGAAGAUUUAAUUGAAUUAAUUUGUGAAAAUAAAUCAAUGUCAAAAAGUUUAAGUGAAUAUGAAGGACAAAAAUCAACUUCAAUUACAACUGCAAAAAGAUUAGGUGAAUUUUUAGGUGAAGAUAUGGUUAAAGAUGCAGGAUUAGCUACUAAAUAUAUCAUAAGUUCAAAACCAAUAGGAGCACCAGUUACUGAAAGAGCUAUACCUGUUAAAAUCUUUUCUUCAGAAAAGAAGGAAAUAUUUUUGAAAAAAUGGUUAAAAGAUCCAUCAUUAAAUACAUUUGAUCCAAGAGAUGUAAUUGAUUGGGAUUAUUAUUAUGAAAGAUUAGCUUCAGUUAUUCAAAAAAUUAUCACUAUUCCCGCCGCCUUACAAAACGUUAAAAAUCCAGUUCCAAGAGUUUCCCACCCAGAUUGGUUGAAAAAGAAAAUUACCACAACAGAAGAUCUAAAACAACAAAGUUCAAUUUCAAAAUUUUUUGGUUCAACUACAAAGGAAGAAGUUGUAGUUAAAGAUAUUGAAGAUUUUGGUGAAGUUGAUACUGAAUAUAAAUCAAAAGUUAGUAAGGUUACAAGUAGGAAAAGAAAAGGUAAAAAUCCAAUAAUUGAAGAAGAAGAAGAAGAAAGAAAUGCGGCAAUUUUAAAUGGUCCUUGUCCUUCAUUGAAAGAAGAUUAUGGUAGAUUUUUACAAUAUCAAAAAGCAAAAUGGAGAGUACAAGCAGCUUCAAGAGAUAGAAGAAGAAAAUUAUUUGGUACAAAUGUUGAAAGUUCACAAAGAUCAACUGUUGGAGGAAUGUUUAGAAAACAAGCUGAGAAUAUUGCAGGUACAAAUUGGGAAAUUUUACAAUAUAAAUUAGAUCCAUUAAAUCCAGGUGAUUUAAAAGUUUAUAUUUUGGUUGGUGGUAAAGUACAUACAUUUAAUUUUCAUAUUCCAAAAAAGAUAUUUGCUUCGUUUAAAACUGAAUUACCUGAAAGAAGAUUAAAUAUAUUAGGUUGUGAGAUUGAAAAAUCAAAUGCUAUUUUACCAAAUGGUCAUGAUGCUACUAAUUUAUACAAAUUUUAUAUGCCACAGUCUGUUUAUCAAGAGCAAGUUUCUGAUCCAACUAGUUUAUUACAAGAUUCAAAUAUUUUGGGAUUAUAUGAAAGUAAUAUAAAUCCAGUUGAUCGUGCAAUUAUAGAUUUAGGAAAUGUUGUUAAAUUUGAUGAUACAAAAGUUGGUGCAUUGGGCAAAGGUUUAAAAAUUGGUUUUAAUUAUAAAGAUUUAACUAAAAUUGAAUCUGAAACUUAUUUAAGAGGGUUUAAUAUGGAAAUGGUUUAUUUGCUACAUAUAGUAACUAAUAGUUAUGAAUAUUUUACAAUUUUUAAAACUUGGGAAAAUCAAUCAAGUAUAUUUGUAUUAAAACCUUCAGCUAAUGCACAAGAAUUACCUGGAAAUAUUCAUAAGAUGUAUGAUGAAAUUUAUGAAGCAAAGAAGGAUAAAUUAGGUAAAGCUAUAUUUGUUCGAUAUCCAGAUGAAAUGACUUUUGAAACUCAUUAUUAUCAUGAUAAUACUAAAUUAUUCAAGAAAUUAAAUCAAACAUUGAAUAAAAUUCAUGAGAAUAGAAAUAAUAAAGCAUUGUUAGCUAUUCAAUCACCAUAUCCAACUAGAAUAUUAAGUUUAUUAACUGCUGAGUUUCCAACUAUUAAAAUGACAAUUAGUGAAUUAUCAUUACCUGCUGUUGGUUGGCAAGUUUCAUUAACUAAAAGAAUAAUUAAUCAUUAUUUUGUUUUAUCUAGUUGGAUCAAGAACUUGAUUUCAUUAUCUAAAUAUAGUAAUAUUCCAUUAUGUAAUCUACAAAUUGAAAAUAUUGGUUAUUUAAUAGAUAUAGAGUAUGCAAGAAGAUUAAGCGAAAAUAAUAUUGUUUUAUGGUGGUCUCCACAACCAUUACCAGAUCAUGGAGGAUUCGAAAUGGAUCAUAUUUUAGAUUUUGAUAAUUUAGAAUUUCCAACUAUUAAUAAUCCAGAAAUUUAUGAAACUGCUUCCUUAGAAGUUGAAAUUGGUACAUUAACUAUAAAUACAAUUUUAACAAGUUCAUUAAUUAAUGAAGCUGAAGGUACUGAUUUAGCUGAUGAUUCAAUAAUUUAUGAUAACAAUAAUGGUGCUUCUAUAUUAGCUGAAGAUUCAUUUUCAUUGCCUGCAUUAUCUAUAUUAAAAUCAAUGGUUAAAGAUUGGUGGGAUGAUGCAGUUAGAAACAAUAAUAAUGCAGAUUCAAUGAUGAAUACAUUAGUUACUUGGGUUCAAAGAAAAGACUCAUUUUUAUAUGAUCCUUCGUUGCAUUAUCAUGUUCACAACUUAACUUCAAAAACAUUAUUACAAUUAAUUGGUGAAUUUAAAAAAAUGGGAUCACAAGUUAUAUUUGCCAAUAGAAAUAAAUUAUUAAUUCAAACUACAAAAAUAUCAGUUGAGAAUUCAUAUGCAUAUGGUCAAUAUAUUUUAAAAGCAGUUAGACUAAAACCAUUAUUCAAUUUCUUAGAUUUGAAGAUUCUUAAAUAUUGGGAUAUUUUAAUUUGGAUGGAUGAAUUUAACUAUGGUGGUAGAUCAUGUUUAGAAAUUACAAAUGAUGAAUUUCAAAACUUAAUACCUGAAACUAAAUGGCAAAUUCAAAAAUAUUUACCAAUAAUUUUCCAAAAUGAAUUUGAAGAUUGGAUUUUAAUAUUUUUAGAUGCUUUAACUCAAUUCAAAACUAAGAACUUAACUGGUAAUACUCAAAAUAAUGGAACUCCAAGAAUCACUCAAAUUGCUCAUAUAUUAAAAGGACAAAAGAAAUUUGAAUCAAAUGAAAUUGAAGAAGAUUUAACAAAUGGAGUUAUUGAAAUUUUCAGAAAACCAUUAACUAGAAGAAUUGAAAAAUUAUAUAAAAAACAAAUUGAUGCAAUUUUAAAUCCUGAAUUUAGAAAAGAAUAUGAAUUUCCUCAAUUAUCUGGAUCACAUUUAAAUCUUAAAAAUCCAGUAUUAGAACUUGUUAAAUUCUUAUGUUCAAUAUUCAGUAUCUCAAAGAAACGAAAUAUUGAAGUUAGAUUAUUACGUAAAGAAUUAUUACAAUUAUUUAAUAUUAAGGAAUUUAGUAGAGAAUCAGAAUUUCAAAACCCAAGUUCAUCAUUAAAAAUCCCUCAUAUUAUUUGUGAUUAUUGUAAUUUCAUUAGAGAUAUUGAUUUCUGUCGUGAAGAAGAAAUUCAAAUUUGGAAUUGUUCAAAUUGUAAAAAACCAUAUAAUAAAAUAGCACUAGAAGAAGAGAUAAUUUCAAAGUUUAAUAAUUUAUUUACAAAUUUCUUUAAUCAAGAUUUAAAGUGUAAUAAAUGUGGAAUAAUAAGACAAUGCAAUUUAGAUUUACAUUGUAAAUGUUCUGGUAAAUGGAUUGAAACGAUAAGUUCCAUUGACGUAGAGAAAAAAUUUCAGAUUUUCAAUAAUAUUUCCAAAUUUUAUAAUUUACAAUUAUUAAAAGGUUUAAUUGAAGAAAUGAAAGUAAAGUAA